AUGGCACUGGUGCAGCUUCCCUCGUCCGUGGUGCUCUUUCACCUCUUGGAUCUGUUGCCCUUGGGCGCUGCGCUGCUACUGUGUGCUUCGGCGCAUUUUGCCGAUAUCUCUGUGGAUGCGUUCCGCACUUACGUACGUACAGUCCAACAAGAAUUGCUGGCGAAGUUGGGCCCGAUCCUGGACGCGGGUGUCAACAUUCCAUGCAUGAGUUUCCACCAUCGACCAAAUGUGUCUUUUGAUUUGUGCCUUCUCGAGCCUGACUUCAAAUGGGUUCGGCCUGAUGGUGGCUAUGCAGAGCAUCGUCGAAAUGAUAUUGGAGACCAUCGCCUUUGGAGACUAGUGGUGGCCGGAUUGCGUCUGGUCCCGCAACGUCCCGGUGCCUUUGAACGGUUUUUGCAGCAGGACGACAUUGCGUGCCCUCUGCACGCAUGGCUUCCAGUCUACAAUCAUGAUCUCGGCGGGGCGCCAGAAUACGACGAUGCAAUUUUGUGGCUCAACAACCUUCUAUUUUCCUGCGUAUGGUGCCCCGAGAUUCAAACAGGGCCGGUGCAUCCAGCCUUUUCUGUUGGGUGGACUGCAAUUCCAGCAAUUGGUUCGUACGGAUCCUAUUUUCUCAUGUACGCGCAGUGGCGGAAUCUUGGCGUCGUCCUCACUUGCUUUGAAGCUGAAACGCCGAGUGGUUGGCCGGUACCCGGAGGUGCCAUGGAGGGGCACGUUUCGACACACAGGAGGACAUAA